UGUCGUAGUCGUUGACGUUGUUGUUGUGUCGACGUCGAGCCAACGGUGAGCAACGUCGCGCGAGAAAUUAAAAGAAAAUAAUAAAUAUUGAGCAAAGCAUUGACGUUGCGUGAGGUUCGCAUGCGAAAAAAAACAAUGCGCAAGAAUCGAGUGCAAACAAACGUUGCGAAAACUAAUGGAACGCGAAAUGGAAACAUAAAUCGAAGAAACUAACGAAAUUACUAGCAGACAAGAAAAAAUUAAACGAGAAAAGUCAAACAAAUUGAAUCGACGACAAUAGCAGCAAAAGCAACAACAACAAAAGUGUGUGAAAUGGAAAAGGGGUGCUUCUUCUUCCGCUUCUGUUGUAGGUGUAGUUUAGUAGGAUAUUGCUUAAAUCGAAAAUUCGCUGACAGAUCAUCGUCGUAAAAUACGCGCGCGGCGUGGCAAAAACACACACACGAAAUAUAUAUUUUGGAAAAUUCAAUACAAAACGGCGCGAGAAUAACAACAACAAAAAGAAAGUACAUAAAGGCAAAGAAGGCAAAGCAGCUGUGUCUUUCAGUGUGUGCGUCUGUGUGUUUAUUUGUGCAUGUGUGUUCGUGUGUUUAUGUGAAGACAACAGAGAAAGAGCGAAUCAAAGCGAAUUACAAAGCAGCAGCAGCAACAAAAACAACGGCAACGGUAAUCCACGACAACAACAACAACUUCCUCUUUGGGCAUUUGCAAACGCAUUUACACACACUUACCUGAGUUACAACUACAAGCGCAUCAACUGCAGCAGCCAAAAGCAGCUGACACUAUCUCCCUCUCGCUCUGACGUCUUUCGCUGCUCUUGUACAAUUAAUGAACGCCUACGCUGACGUUGACGCCGCUGUCGCAGUCGUCGUCGUAUAAUGCAAAACGCCCAAAACAUAACGAGAGCAACAACAACAGGAACCAGAACAGAAAUUACCGUAACAACAACAACAACAACAACAACUUCCAGCCGCUUUCUUCUCAACUAGUCAAGACUCCAGACCCCCCUGCAGAGACAGCGACCUCGACAAACAUAUCCGUCGUAUUAAGUACAGUUUAUAAGGCUUAUACAGUAUAAUAUAAGACUACAACAUGGAUUGGAUCAUCAGCGAUGAAUUGGACAUUAAGGUUAGCCAUGUUGUUGGCUGGGCGGCCGCCACAGCGAUGGUAGUUGGGGGCGUGAUUCCCUAUGUACCGCAGUACAUUGAAAUCAAGAAGACACAGGACGCCGAAGGCUUCUCGCUUUACGUCUGCCUAGCGCUGUUGGUGGCGAAUUCGCUGAGGAUACUCUUCUGGUUCUCCAGCCGCUAUGAGCUUCCACUGUUGGUGCAGAGCGUUGUGAUGAAUGUGACCAUGUUCCUCAUGAUCCAUCUGUGCGUGAAGGUGAAGCGCAUGAAUGCAAACACACGAGAUCACGCGCUUCGUGGUGACGAGUUGCAGUUGCCAAAAGUGAUGACGGACACGGAUACCGGCGCCUCUGUUUCAACGGAUGCAACUGUCCUGAAGCGUGCACGUUCCAGGCAUUAUUUGAAUGAUCUGGAUAUGAAAUACUUUUGGAACUGGACCGACUUCCAGUCGUAUCUGGACAUGAUGCUGGUCGUUUGGGCAGUUGGCGCUGCCGUCACAUAUCUCAUGCUGUCCGUGCACUGGUUCAUGGAGGCCAUGGGCUUCGUAGCCGUCUUCACAGAGGCCAUGCUGGGUGCACCGCAGUUUCUGCGCAACUUUAAGAAUAAAUCAACAUAUGGUAUGAGCAUACACAUGGUGAUUAUGUGGACGCUCGGUGAUAUGUUCAAGACUGGUUACUUUAUAGCGCGCAAUGCGCCAUCACAAUUCUGGAUAUGCGGCACGCUGCAGGUCAGCUUGGAUUUUGCGAUAUUGCUGCAAGUGUGGAUCUAUCGCAACAAUACGAAACAGCGCGAUAUACAUCGCGGCGAUUAGCAGUUUGCCCCCGAAGAACAACAACAGCAACAACAACACCAUGAAGAAGAUCAACAACACCAGCAACACCAUAACGAACUGCACACCUCGCACUCCGAGGAGCGUCAGCUAUCGCAGCCCAUAACGCUGAGCAGCAGCGGCGACGAUCAUCUGUUGACAGCGCGUGCCGACGACGAACACUACAAGUCACUGGACUUUGGCCAGUGUCACGACAAUCGCGCCUUUCAGUAUCACAACCAUCACAACAACAACAACAACCAUAACCACAACAAACUGUUGCCACGUCCCGGCGGCAGUGGCAAGAGUCAGAGUCGCCACGACAGCCCCAAUCCGACGGCGGCGGUGGCCGUUGCCCUCGACGCCCUCGAAGUGGUUAUUGUGCACAAAGCGAAUGUGCUGCCCAAUGGUCGACGCAGCAACAGCAGCAGCAAGGCAACCAUACACAAUCACAGUGGCUGCUGUCAUCGACGGAAGCGUCACAAUGCCACACAGACGUCGAUAGAGCGCUGCUGUUGCAUCAGCAGUUGUCACAGUUGUCAUCAUGUGACAACCACGCAUCAUCAUCAUCAUCAUUGCCAUCACCAUCAUUGCCAGCAUGAGCAUUAUGAGCGACGACAACAGCAGCAGCAGCAUCAGCAACAGUUGCAGCUGCCGGAGCACAAGCGUAGCAAAAAGCCGCAACACAAACGACGGCAGCAUCAACAACAUCAACAACAACAACACCAUCACAACACAAAGUCUUCCCUGGACACGAGCGAGGAGCGACCGCAGCUGCAUUCGGCGGCCAUUGCCAUUGAGAUUGAUGCGGCCACCGUGACGGAGAACAACAGCAGCACAGCCACUUCGAAUUUCCCCUACAAGGUGGCCAGCGAAGGCGGCGGUGCGCCUAUGAAUCUGAUACCGCUGUGCGAACAGCAUCGUCAACGGCGACGCGGUUCGCUCAACUCCAAUACCACCAUCGAAACGGAUGAGUUGUCGCAAGACGACGAUGACGACGACGACGAUGAUGAUGAUGUGCGUUUGGGUCUGCAGCCCGACGAUGAGGAGCAACUGACGCCGGCGCGUCACAACAGCAACACGUCCUCGAGCAGCACAACACGCGCCUUUGCGGGCGUCGUGCCGCCAGCUCGCAAUGAGUGCGUGCGCAUCAAACGCAAACGCUUCGAACCGGAUGCCAUGCAUGACUAUUGCAGCAGUUGUUCGCGUUGCAGCAGCUGCAGCUGCGAUCACGAGGCACGCACCAGUUCGUGCAGCAGUCUGGACGAUGAGCUGAUGGCUGGAAAUCAUGAGCUAACUGUGGCUGCCGAUUGUCAUCGCUGCCAGGCUGUCAAGGAGCUGGGACAGCAGCAAAGUCGUCGCAGCAGUCUAAAGAGUUUUUGCUCUUGCCACACCGACAAUUGUUGCUGUGGCAGCGACGCGGGCGACGAAGAAGGCGACGACGAUGAUGACGAUGAGACGACGGGAGCACGGGAAUCAUUCUGCACAGCAGCGGAUCAUACAAUUGUGAGCACACCCACGCUGGAUGAGGCACACAGCAGCACCUUGACGCCGUUGAGCACUCAGGAGCACACGAUGCGCAGCGAAAUAGAAGAUGAAGAUGAUGAGCGUUCGAUAACCGAUGCAGAUGCCUCAUCGCUUAGCCAAUCAGCCGAAUACUUUUCGCUGUCUUCGACAGCAGGUGCCGCAGCAGUCGCGCCGCCAACAACAGUUGCUAUUGCCGAGCAGCCACAGGGCAGCAACAACAACAGCAGCAGCAGCAACAAAUCGAGCACGAAACGUUGGAGCAAGCAUAUACGUCUUAAGCGCAGCUCAUCGCCAAUGGAUUCGCAUUUAUGACGAAGUGUCUCGCUGGUCGCUUGGCCAGCCAUCGAUGUGAAUGCGCUGCUGCAGCAGACGAUACGCAAAACAGCAGUGUUGCAAGAGACGCCAGUGAAGCAACAGCAACAACAGCAGCAGCAGCGACGACAACAGCAAAAUCUGCCGCUGCCUGCUGUGGCAACAGCUGCAGCAAUGCCUGCGGCGCCAGGCAGCAAUGAUAGCUCCACCGCCACAUUAACGCCCAGCAUUAUAACGAUCGCCAAGCAACCGAUGACGCACACAGCGGUCACCAGUCACAACGGCGUCACCAAUGUGACGACCACAUUGCCAGUGGCCAGUGUUAAAGGCAAACGCAACUCCAAAUUUGCCCCAGUUGGCGGCUGUGAUCCGCUGCAGCGACGCUCCACAGAGAUUAUACUUUAAAACACACACAAACACAAUAAUCUAUUCAACUUCAUGGCAAAACCAAAAAAACGAAAUUCAAAAACAUUGAGAGCUGUUUAUUUUUGUUGUUAUUCGGGGGUAUCCCCAACCCAACACAAUUGUAUAAAUUCAAUUAUGAUUUCCUUGUCAAAUUAUCUAGUAAAUAAUAAUUAGCCAUAAUUAUUCUUAUAUUUGCUACUACUAUAUAUACUAUCAUAUAUUUUUUUGUUGUGUAAUAUUAAUUUUAGUUACGUCGACUAUAUGAAUUUAAUGCUUCCGCGCUGCCAAAUGUUUCUGCUGACCCUCGCAUUUUGCAUUGAUGAAGUCUAAAGCAAACUCUUCUCUCCCUCCCCUCGUUCACAACAACAUAUCCAUAUUGUAAUUGUACUAAUUGCAAAAGCUUGAUCAUGAAAUGUUUCGAGGGUUCAGCGUUCUUUGAAUGCGCCACAGCUUUAUACAGACCUUGUUUAAAAUCAUUUCGUACAAUUUCUUAGUCAAUUCCUCUUUUAGCCAAGUAAGCGAAACAAAACAAAAAAUGCAUGCAUAAUUAAAUGUAUAAAAAGAAAAUCCGUUAAUCUCGAUAUUACAAAAAACAAAGAAAAGAGUUAAGCGUACGUAUAUAAAUAUAUAUAGAUUGUAAAUUUUAUGAUUUUCUAGUGGAAUUUAUAAGCCAAGGCUUACAACAAGUAAAACAAAAAAAAACCUAAAUAAAACAAAUCAAAACGACAAAACAAAA